CAGUGAAAUACCCGCACGGCUAAAAUGGACUCCUGGAGCGUAAUAUUGUAUAAGUAGGUGGGGUGUGCAGGAACAAAUGUAUAAGUGACCUAGACUUUUCAUUCAAGCCGUCUCCAUGAACAACUUGAAUGACCCCCCCAGAUGGAACAUCCAACCAGACCCCAGAGGAAGGGGGGCGGGGGCCGGCGAUGGGAACCAAUGGAACUACGCCCUGUUGGUCCCCAUGCUGGGACUAGCUGCGUUUCGUUGGAUCUGGACCAGGGAGUCUCAGAGGGAGAUCCAGAAGGUCAAAGACCAGUAUAACAAGGACGUCUCCACACUAACAAGCGAGAUGAAAGCACAAUAUCAUGAUACACUGACGGAGAGGCGCAGGGCAGCGGCUACACUAGAGCUGGAGCUAGAGAAGGAGAGACAGAGGGUCAAAGGUUACAAGCAGGCCAUGAUCUCACAGAGCCAGCAGCUGAUGGAAGAACGGAAACAUUUAUCUCAGGAGCGCCAGUCCUUGGAGGAAGAAAAGCAAAGGCAGGUUAAGUCCGGCGCUGCAGGGGCAGUGCUGCAUCACGCCCUGGAACGAGAGAGCGACUGGCACCGACGAGCCACCACAACUCUGAGGGAGCUAGAGGGUCAGCUUGUGGACCGCCAGAAUGCCUACUGCUCCCCCAUCCAACCUCGAGAUCAGCGGCUGGAGAUGGAGAAGAACAUGCUGCUUAAGGUCGUCAAAGACCCGAUCGGGGCGGAACUCGAUCUGGAGUCCGACCUGAAGGAUAUUUUUAAGAGAGAUAAGACCUGUGCGGACUUGCUCAAUAUGGACAAGAGGAAGAAUGGAAGCCUCAUGUGGGUGUACCUCAGGUACUGGCAGCUGCAGGUCUCUCUCCAGAAACACAAGAGAGCUGAAGAAGCUAUAUUAGGGGGGAAAGUCUAGUCUCAAACACAGUGACAAACCUUAUGUUUUCCAUUUGAAUUUUGGAAGGAUUGUGGAUCAGAAGUGGAAAAAGCAUGUAUUUUUUGUGUCUGGAACAUACGGGAAGUAACCCCAAUGAGACAAUGUCCAGCAGCUAAACUUUCCUCCUUUCAUCUCACUGUUUAGAAAAUAAGGGAUAUUAAGUCAGGAUUUUAGCAUGUACAAAUAUUGCUGUUACUUUAGAAGCCCCAGUUAAAGUUCGGUUUGUAAUAUUGAGAUACUAGCAAGAUCAAGCCAGGUUUUAAAUAUUAUACAACCUAAAAACACAGCUCACUGUCGCCAACUUUUCUUCAAAAGUUGCUAGCUGCAAAAUCUCUAAAGGUUGCCAUGUCAGCAACACGAACAAUCCGUUCCUUCAGCCCACCAAAACCACUCCCUCAAAAAUGUCCAAAUGACCACAAACAACGAACAUUUACUGCUCCAAACUGUAAGUCUUGUGGAAGAUUCUGGUGAUGAUCAACGCGCCGGAAGAAUGGACACGGACAGGCCGGUCGUAGCCCACCACAAGUACAACAUUUUAUUUUCCUUUUUAUUAUUGUCAGAGCAUUUAAUGCAUUGAUUCCUGUCUGAAUUAAAUCAGGAUUUCACCAAAACACCACCUUUUAAGACUAUUAGCUUUACAUUAACUUUAUGCAAAUGUGGGAAAAUGGAAAUACACUGGAAUUAUUCAGUUGAUAUCCAUAUUGGAUGCACGACUGAUAUUAAAUAAUGUUUUACCAUCGAAUCCCCUGGACAUCUUUUGUUAGAACAUGUCUAUUUAACUCAUUUUCUCCGAGUGCCAUUAAUAACUGCUGGCUGCGUAUUUUUGUUUGUCUGCUAAAUGUAUGUUAUUUCAUAUUGUAUGUUAUUGCAUUUCUUCAGGGAGAAAAUAAAUCACAGUGAAAACCACAGUGCUGGACAUACCAGCUAGGAAUUAUUAACACAAAUAUUUUAAUGUAAAAUAGUACUUUGGUUUAAAGUACAUUGUGCUCUUUCUCUGUAGUGUGUUGAUGCCAUGCGUUAAAACGUGGAUGGACUAUUGGAGGUAUUCAUCUUCAUCUGUGGGGCAUCCGGCUUUCCUUCUAUGAAUCACAUCUGUCUUCACUCUGAAGUUCGUUACCAUUUAUGAUACGUGAUCCAAAGCCACUAGAAUUGAGCGUCUUUGAUCACUGGUUUUAAAUAUCUAGUCUUUAAUGCAGGUGUGUGGGAGCUUUAUAGCUAUAAGGAAGACUGGACACUUAAGGUGCAUGCAAAUCUAAAUAAGGGAAUGGAGCACAAAGUAGUGCUUAGUACUGCAACACUAUACCACAAUACUGCUUUAUAAAAUAGAGCCCAAAUGGAGCCCUUUUACUUCCCACUCCACCACUGUUUUGAAAGGAUAAACCAAAGCUGUAGCAUUUUUGUUUUUAUGUGGACCUUAACUUGGUGAUUAAAUGCUGGAUGUGAUCUUACGGAUUAAAAUGUACUGACUCUGAUCCCUCUGGGAAAUCCUCAGAAUAAAUUCCUGGUUUAAGUACUUCA